AAAAAAUUCACAGAAAAAUACUCUUCUCUCAUGGAUAUCAAACAAUUGCAAACACAACACAGGUUUCUACCAAAAAAAAAAGAAUCUUUGUUAAAUAUUGGUGUGCAACAAUUAUGGGCACCCUGAUGCACUCAUAUGAGGGGAAAAAUCUAUUUGAAGUAUAUUCCCAUUGAUUAUUUUACAUUUGUUUAGUACACCCGGGCGACUAGGAACAGGAAUUUGUCCAACCGUGACUUCCUGUUGCACAGGGGUAUAAAUAUGAGGUAACACAUAGGCCAGAUUCCCUUAGUCAUUCAUAACAAUGGGUAAGACUAAGGAAUAUAGCUGUGAUGUGCGGCAAAAGGUUGUUGAGCUUCAUAGAAUGGUAAGUGGCUAUAAGAAAAUAGCACAAGCGUUGAAAAUGGCCAUUUCCACCAUUAGGGCAAUAAUUAAGACGUUCCAGUCGGCUGGAAAUGUUAUGAAUCAACUUGGAAUUGGACGUGUGUCUAUAUCGUCUCAACGCACUGUGAAGAGAACGGUUCGAGUGGCCGAAAAUCUCCAAGGAUCACAGCUGGAAAGUUGCAGAAUAUUCCAUUUUCAGUAGAAUGCCAUGUCAAAAACGAAAAAUGCAAUCUACUGAACCUCAAGAUAAUAAGAAACAGGUGGCCCCGAGUCUGACCGCGUCUGAUAAGCCUGGCCGAACACCCCUGCGGCCCACGAGGUCCCAAAGGUUAGGAGCGCCACAGAAGAAAGUUUCCGUUAAGUCCAAAAGAAAAUCUUCAACACAGCUAAGAGAUGAUGUGGAAAACCCGCCUCGUCGCUCCUCUAGACUGAAAACGCCUUCAAAUAAGGUGACCGGUGUGAAAAGGAGAAAAACAUCAAUCAAAUCUGCAGUGGCGAAGGAACCAGGCUCCAAAAUCAGUAUUAAAGCUUCAAACAAAGACGGGGAUAAAUUGUGUCUGACUUCACCUGUCCUUAAAAAAGGAAGCAAGAAAUAUUCUUCAAGAGUGAAGAAGGAUAAAUGUCAGUCUCCGCUUUCGGAAGCAGCUUGCACGGUGUCGGCAGUGAUGUACCCUGUAUUAAUAGAGCACAGCUAUGGUCAGCCUCCUGAUUCGCACAGUGAAGAAACAACACUGCCAGACAAAAACAAAGCUGGAGGAAUCACCCAUUUUGGUCUUGAUCUGAAUGAUGAUCAUGAUGCUGCAGUGUUUCAUUCAGUGACCCAAGUGAGUCAGUCUUCUGAGGCUAAAACAACAAAAACUGUAUCACUCGAGGAACAGGAAGAACUCUCCGCUGACCCCAUUGGGAAAAUCACUGUAAAUUUAGAUGCUGGAGUAGGUGUGCUGAGAGAGCCUCCUCUACAAACAUUUUCUAAUGCCGUUCAAGAAACUAGCUUGAACAAGCAUGAAUUAAAUAGUGAAAACAUCUCGGAUAUUGAUGCAUUUGCCAUGGUGAAUACGUAUUUUCUACAGGAUACUCUACAGAAUCUGGUGGUCUGUGAUGCUCCUGGCAUGACGCAGGGCUCUCCGACCUCAGAAACACUGGACGAUAUAGAGAUUGAACACUGUGUGGUUGAGAUUGAAACAUUGGAAGACGUCCCUGGUGACCUCAGUGCCUUAGACAAUAACGAGCAGCCCUGCCAGGACUUGCAGGAAUCGACAGGACUCAAAGAAACCAGCAAAGCGGUGGUAUGCAAGGAGAGUACAUCACCUCCUUCUCUUCCACAAGACAGUGCAAAAGACUCCACACAAGGUUCCCUCGCACAGGCCAGUGCAGAACCGCCCAAAAAGCAAGCAAUGAACCCUCAGGCCAGAACCAAGGCUCGGCUGGCAGCAAUGGCUAGGGAGAGAGCAGCUGCUGCAAAGAGGCCACCCCCCAAGCAGCUCAACCUCCUAGCUCUGUGUGAGGAAAUCGCAGACGACAUCGCGUCUGACACGGCGGCAGCGAAAGAAGAGAAUACAGAAGAAAGCAUUCAAUCCAGCGAGAUGAUUCCGAGUAAAAACGAGGUAGAGAAUGCGACAGUUCCCACCGUUUCCAGUGACCUGCCCAUCCCAGAAAGCCUCACCGAGGAGACAUCGGAACCCAAGGCACACGAGAGUACGCCCAAGAAACGCUUUUUCCUCAGCCAAGUGUCCGUCCCCCUUAAAACCCAAGAGAAAAAGAAGCUAUCCCGAUUCCAGAAACUGAGGCAGGUUGAGCUGCAGAGGGACAAACUGACAUGGACGCGUGUUAAAAAACUGAAAUCGGAUCAGGCUAGUCAGGAUGACGCGAAAGACUCCACAGAGACUUCACCCGUUUCAGUAUCGACCUGUCAAGCGAGCCCUCCUCCUCCUCCUCCUCCUCCUCAUUCUCCCACACCACUUGCUCCAGCAAACUUGUUAAAAGUGGGAUCGAGCGAGUGCAAGCGGACACUCCCGGCUGUGGCGCCACCCAUGCCCAAUGGUAUUACCAGUUUAAAGCCUAGGCCUGUUGUGGAGUAUAAGCCAUAUAAUCCCAGACCAAAAUACUCACCAGAUGACUUUGAGCUGGAUGAGCCAGGUGACGAUACUAGCAAGCCAGCCGUUCCCAAACAGGAGGGCAGAAUGGAGCAACCCUCAUCUUUGGCUGUAGAGUCCUCUAGAACACCGGGAAAGCACAUAUGCAUCACGACCCCUACAGCGUCGACGGGUAUCAAGUCCUCUAACCAGCAAGACGGGUCUCCUACGACACCAACGGAAAAUUCAGAAGGCAAAAACAGGGGCAGCUGUGGCAGUGGGUCAGACGCAGAGCUUAGGAAUGAGGUUACGGAUAAUUUAAGGGCUGCAAGCCUCGAAGGAGAGCAAAAAACCCCCGAGAAGAACCAGAACGCAUUUGGAGCCACGACUUGCAAUGUGUGUGGGAUGCUGUAUUCUCCUUCCACCACCGAGGAUGAGACCCAGCACCUGCUCUUCCACAACCAGUUCAUCAGUGCCGUGAGAUAUGUGGGUUGGAAGAAGGAGAGGAUUUUAGGGGAAUACCCAGAUGGCAAGAUUAUACUUGUUCUCCCAGAUGACCCUAAAUACGCCCUGAAAAAGGUGGAGGAAAUAAGAGAAAUGGUGGACAAUGAUCUGGGAUUCCAGCAAGUGGAGACUAAGGUCCCUUCCCAGACCAAAACCUUCCUCUUCAUUUCAAAUGACAAGAAGGUGACUGGGUGUCUGAUCGCUGAACACAUUCAGGAGGGUUACAGGGUGAUCGAAGAGCCAGUGCCAGAAGGAUCAGAGAGGGAGAAGGUGAUGUUUGAGCGCCAGAGGGCCUGGUGCUGCUCUACUGUUCCAGAGCCAGCAGUUUGUGGGAUCAGUCGCAUUUGGGUUUUCAGCAUGAUGAGGAGGAGAGGCAUUGCAUCACGAAUGAUUGAGUGUCUCAGGAACAAUUUCAUCUAUGGGUCGCAUUUAAGCAAAGAUGAGAUUGCUUUCUCAGACCCAACACCUGACGGCAAGCUUUUUGCUACUCAUUACUGUGGAACCUCACAGUUUCUGGUGUACAACUUCAUCAGUGGGACACGUUCAAACUGACGACACUCAUAAACGGACCCAGCACUUUCACAAAGUCCCUCCCCUCAAAUAUUACAGCAAUUUUAGAGGAACAAUUUCAACCGUUGCAUCCAAACACAAAAUGGACCCAAGAAAACGGAGCUAUUAUAGGUUAUAUUCAAUAAGUAACAUUUUCAACCAGUGGAAAUCAUGUAUACCUGCCUUAUGCAAUUAUGAUGUCUACUUCAUCAAGGCCAUCUCAUAUGGAAAUGUGCAUUGGGUAAGACUUCAGAGUAGCAUAUAGCGAUUAAGUUUGGUUAAAAGCGUGUGCAGUUCUCUCAGGUUUAGUUCAAAGCCUAUUUUAAGACUUCCUAUAUCUUGUAGAAGCCAUUUUGUGUAGAGCACAGUUACAAAAUCAAUGUUUGCUAAUCCUCGUUGAACAUAGGGGAAAAUAUAUGAAAUAUACUACUGCAAACAAUGUCUCUCUCCUGAGGCUACCUUACAAUAACAGAACAUUUUCUCUUUUUUUUCUUCUUCUUCUUUUUUUUUUCCAUCUCAGGUAGGAUCAUUGAUCUGACUUUUGGGACUAGAUUUAUCCAAACAUUUAGGCAUACACUGAAUGGCUAAAAGUAUGUGCUCAUUUGACCAUCACACCCAUAUGUGCCCAUUCCAAAAACUACCACUAUGGGCAUUAACACAAGGUUGGCUUCUCCUUUCUGUUAUAGCAACCUCCACUCUUCUGGAAAGUCCUUUCCACUAGAUUUUGGAACGUGACUGUGGGGAUUUGUGCCCAUUCAGCCAUAAGAGCAGUAGUGAGGUCGACCGUUGAUGGCAAGUGAGAAGACCUCCUGUGUAGUAGGCUUUCCAUUUAAUCCUAGGGUGUUCAGUGGGGUUGAGAUCAGAUCUUGGGCCCCUCGGGUUCUAACACAUCAACCUUGGCAAACCAUGUCUUUAUGGAUCUUGCUUUGUUCAUAGGAGCAUUGUCAUGCUGUCAUGGAACAGGUUUGAGCUCCUUUGUUCCAAUGGAAGGAAAUGUUAAAGCUACAGCAUACAAAGAUAUUCUAGACAAUUGUGUGCUUGCAACUUUGCAGCAACAGUUUGAGGAAGAACCACAUACAGUGCUGUGAAAAAGUAUUUGCCACCCUCCUGAUUUCUUCUGUUUUUGUGUAUCUCAUACUAAGUAGUUUUCGAUCUUCAAGCGAAAUACAACAUAAAACAAAGGCAACCUGAGUAAACACUCAAUACAGUUGUUUUAAUUUAAGCAAAAAAGUUUAUCCAACACCUAUCAAUUUGGAAAAACUAACUGCCCCUUUAAAUUAAAAUCUGGUUGUGCUGCCUUUGGCAGCAAUAACUGCAACCGAACGCUUCUGAUAAUUGGAGAUCAGUCUUUCACUUACUUCUAGGACUAGGAUUUACUCCUAUGUUUUGGAUUAUUGUCUUGCUGCAUAAUCCAGUUGCGCUUGAGUUUCAACUUACAGACUGAAGACCGGACAUUCUCCUUUUAGGAUUUUCUGGUACAGAGCAGAAUUCAUGUUUCGCUUAAUUAUUGGAAGUUGCCCAGGCCCUGUAGCAGCAAAGCAUCCCCACACCAUCACACUGCCUCCACCACGCCUGAGCGUAGGUAUGAUGUUUUUUUUUGUGGAUUUCUGUGUUCGGUUUACGCCAGACGUAACGGGACCCCUGUCUUCCAAACAGUUCCACUUUUGACUCAUCAGUCCACAGAACAUUCUCCCAAAAGAUUUGAGGAUCAUCAAGGUGUGUUUUGGCAAAAUUCAGACGAGUGUUAAUGUUCUUCUGGGUUAGCAGUGGUUUUCACCUCACCACUCUUCCAUGGAAGCCAUUUUCCCCCAGUGUCUUUCUGAUAGUGGAGUCAUGAACAGUGACCUUUAUUGAUGCAAGAGAGGCCUGUAGGUCCUUUGAUGUUGUCCUUGGCUCUUUUGUGACUUCCUGGAUGAGUCGUUGCUGUGCUCUUGGAGGAAUUUUGGAAGGUCGGCCACUUCUGGGAAGGUUCACUACUGUGCAGAGUUUUUCCAUUUGGAGAUAACGGCUCUCACUGGGGUUCUUUGGAGUCCCAGAGCCUUUGAAAUAGCUUUGUAACCCUUCCCAGACUGAUGUAUUUCAAUCACCUUCUUCCUCAUCAUUUCUGGAAUUUCUUUUGAUUUUGCCAUGGUGUGUUACUGAGUAAGACCUUUUAACCAGCUUCAUGCUGUUGAAAAAGUUCUAUUUAAGUGUUGGUGAUUGAACAGGGUUUGCAGUAAUCAGGCCUGGUUGCGUUUAGUCCAGCUGAACCCCAUUAUGAAUGCAGUUUCAUACAGUAGAUUUGGGAAUUAGUAAUUAUGGAGACAAAUACAUUUUCACACAGGCCCAGUUGGUAUUGGAUAACAUUUUUGCUUCAAUAAAUAUCAUUUAAAAACUGUAUUUUGUGUUUACUCAGGUUGCCUUUGUUUUAUCUUAGAUUUCGUCUUAAUUUCUGAAACAAUUUAGAAUGAGAGACACAAAAACCAGAAUAAAUACUUUUUCACAGCACUGUUUGUGUGUGAUGGUCCGGUUUCCAAAUACUUUUGGCCAUAUAGUGUAAGCUUAAACUGUUUGCACUUGCAGAUUCAGUGUUCACAUUACAUAAGGGUAAAGUGGAAAAUGACAAAAUGCCUGAAAAAUAUUCAUGAUUUUGUAUUUUGCACCAGCGAAACAUUUCCACAUGCUGAAUGCUUUUAAUACGUCUGGUUCUCUAAAUUCAGGUUUCCCUUUAACAUAAUUUCCACUAUUUUCAUCGCAUAUUCACCGUAUACGUUGUAUUCUGUUUGGAAUAUACUGAGCUUGAUAUGCAUGGCAUUGGCAGCAAUAGAGAUCGUUUUUGAUCCGUUCAACCUUCGAAAUAUCACAGCAUUUCAGUUUCAUUUCAGAAUUUGUACAUUUUGGUUUUGUCAGUGUAUUUCAAUCGAAUAUUAGUUUACAGCUGAAGCAGUGUCUUUUUGUAGAAAUAACUUUUGGUCAUAUUUAUUUUUGUUUACGAAAAGCUUUCUCAAAGAUGUAAUGAGACGGAAAGGAACAUUGAAAAUGAGCCUCAGCCACACAGUGCCAUGUUUUCAGCAGCACUGGAUCUGAACUGCUUUGUUUUUACAAUAAUGGUAAUUAUAAAAGUUGAGCAGAUUUUAUUAUUAUUUUUUAUUUUUUUAAAAGGCCAAAAGGGAUGACCUUUGCCCUUGACUGUAUUCUCACUGCCCUACACCCAACAAUACGCUUGGAACAAUCUGUUCUUUGUACGUUACCAAACACAUUCACUUUGAGAAGCUAGCAGCGGUUUACCUGAACAUCCGUCCUUGUUAAUCGGGGUAAACGUGUUCAACUGGGAUCUGAGCUACAGAUAAUAAUGACACUGCUGGAAACAGUGGCAGAAAAGAACUCUGUUCAUCACCCACAAAAAAUUGUGCCUUAGAAGGUUAAGUUCCUCAGGAGCCCUGGUCCCUAACCAUUGAGGAUCAGCAUCCACAAAAAAAGUGCUGCAAAGUCAAGGUUAGUGUGAUUCCUUAGAAGUGAAUAUUACCAUAUGUAAAGCCCAAUAUUUCAUCGAAUAGGAUCGCAAAAGUGGUCAGAAAAGCUAAAAGAGCGAACAAACACAAAUUAUUAUUGGACUUUUUGAUGUACAGGGCGAAAUAUGACAAACAAGUGCCCUCCAGAAUGAUUUCAAUAAAUAAACAAAUUAAUAUUUCUUAACGUAUUUGGUAACCGAAUACAUUAUUAUGCAUAAUCUCUAAAUAAAGUUACUGAAUUGAUUUUUGAAUUGGUCAAACUUGGCUUUAGUGGACUGAUCAAAAGGAAACUCAUCAAAUCAUAGACACGUUUCUGGGAGUGUCAAGCGACCUUUUUUCGUGUGUGUAGAACUUUUUCAUAUAAUCAUAUAAGACUAAGAUAAUGUUUUAUAGCUAUGAGUUUUCUUAAUUACAUGUUUUCAAAGCCCCUGCUAACUUUGUUAUAGUGGGAUAGCUAGCAUAACAGGUUAGUUCUGUGAAACCAUGAUUCUGUUUCACGUCUCUUAACCAGCAGGGGUGAUUGUGUAUUCCUGAAUAACCCUUUGUUAAUGUGCGCCCCUUGAAAUAUUCCAACAAAGUCGUGCGUGUAGCGACCGAUGACGCAGUAUUCACAAUAAGUACUGUUGUCGUACACCAUACAACAACAGACUACAGGAAAACGAGAUGGAGCUAGCUAUGAUUAUUGUGACAGCUACAGGUGUAGGAGAACCUUAUUAUUAUUUCCAUUCCAUUGAUGACGGUGUUCUCUCUUCUUAUUAAGAAAAUAUUUGAGCUCUCUUUAUAACUACUAUGCUAUAGGUUUGAGUCAUUUUUUUUUUCUUGUGAAGUCUACUGCUUUGCACUUAACACUCAUGGUUUGUAUUUUGGACAUUCAUUUCGAACAGGCUUGAGGAAUUUGAAUGCCGUCUACGUGACGUUAUAAUCGGUGUGGAUAUUAUUUACGUUAUGCUUUCACAGGGUUGGGUCUCCAUUUUUAAACACGUUAUAUGCUCUGCACUGGACUGAACAAUUCCAGGUCAAGUGAGUGGAACAACGGCACUGAUAUUUUUCCCACCAAGUGAUCCUCCUCAGCACAUUAGCUACAAGCUCCCCUCCCCGGUUUCCUCUGAUUUUUUUCCCCCAUGAUUUUUUACAAAUGUAUUUUCUUACAGCAGGGGGUUUACAGCAAAUUGGGUUUAAUCCAAACCUCAAAAACUUUGGUCAAAGAUUAUGUAUAGAGGUACUCGUGACACCCUUAUUAAAACUUUGCAUCACACUCCUCUGUUGCUAGCCUUGGAGCAAUUGUGCCAAUCUAUAAUUGCUGACCCUUCUUAAAGGGAGCUAAUUUACACCUUAUGUCUGGUGGUGGGGUGUCUGUGCUAGGAUACAGAAUGACCCUCAAACUUGGUUUGUACCUGACGUUAGAUAAUGUUGGAGCAAUUAGCCCUGCGUAACCGUACCUGCGAUGUGUGACCUUUCAAUAAGCGUUUCAGGCAGACCCGAUCUUAAGCCAGGCAAUUUGAACUCUAUGGCCAGGAAGUCAACAAAUUACAAAGCAAAUCAACAUUAGUCCUACAUCAAGGUCAAGCGACUGACAUUACUGAAUUACGUAACGAUGCAGCAACAUAAAACAUCCGCUGUGAGCUUGCAAAGACCCUACAGUCUAUUGAACGCGCAUUCAAAGCCACUGUUUAUAAGAAUCACUGCACUGAACAAAUCUAUUGCUUCAGAAUGAAGCUUUCUGUUUGGUGGCUCCAGUGAUUCCUUAAGCAGGUGCACAAUACAGGCAAAAACUUUCCUGUGAUCCAUCAAAAAUAAGUCUUAAUAAGCUGCUCUGUAAAUUGUCAAUUUUUCCAGUAUGGCUUUUUUUUUUUUUUUAAGAAUAAAGUUACCUUUAGGUAAAUGAACAAUCCAUUGGUCCAAAAGGCAGUUCACUAUCUCACCUUAGUACUGGAUUGCAACCAUAGGUUCUUGGAGAACUUGUAAUGCAUGCGCAGUGCUGUGGAAAAAGUAUUUUUUUUCCUGGGGUGGUUUUUUUUGUGUGUGUAUAUAUCUCAUACUGAAUAGUUUCAGAAAUUAAAACAAAAUCUAAGAUAAAACAAAGGCAACCUGAGUAAACACAAAAUACAGUUUUUAAAUGAUAAUGUUGAAUGAUUAUUGAAGCAAAAAAGUUAUCCAAUACGAACUGGGCUGGUGUAAAAUGUAUUUGUCCCUAUAGUUACCGAUUCCCCAAAUCCAUGAAACUGCAUUCAUAAUGGGGUUCAGCUGGACUAGACACAAGCAGGCCUGAUUUCCUGAGCCAUUUCACCUUGCAGCUCUCCCCUAGUGUCUUACUGAAGUUAAGCAGGGUUGAGCCUGGACAGUACCUGGAUGGGAGACCUCCUGGGGAAAACUAAGACUGCUGCUGGAAGUGGUAUUAGUGAGGCCAGCAGGGGGCGCACACCCUGUGGUCUGUGUGGGGCCUAAUGCCCCACUAUAGUGAUGAGGACAUGAUACUGUAAAAACACGGUCUUUUGGAUGAGACAUUAAACUGAGGUCCUGACUUCUCAGUGGUCAUUAAAACUCCCAGGACACACAUAAUAAAAGGGUAGGGGUAUAACCCCGGUGGUGUUUUUUUUUUUUACUUCAAUAACAAAAAAAAUUAAACAAAUAAAAACUGUAUUGCGUGUUUAUUCAGGUUGCCUUUCUUUCACAUUCUAUUUCGUUUAAAACUAUUUAGUAUGAGACCUACACAAAAACAAGAUAUCAGGAUGGGGGCAAAUACUUUUACCACUGAACUGUAUUUGAUAAUUAAAGUAAUGUACAUAAGGAACAUCUACUACUCUCGAUUGCGGCCGGUUCUGAACACCUCCAUGUCUGAUGGUACAUCCCUGUAUUGUAUACCACUGAUCUACUCUAUUUGGCCAAAAGUUUCUGGACGCUUGAUCAUGAAAUCAC